UCGGCAGUCUCACUGGGACAGGGUUUGUGAACACACACACAAAAAAACCGUGCAUAAAUGUAAGAUCAAGUGAAAAACUUUUAAGGAGAGAGAGAGAGAGAGAGAGAGAGAGAGAGAGCGAGCGAGCAUUAGGAGGAUCUGAAGAUGCAGAAGUUCCGACUCUGAGCCAAUUCACAUUGUGGCGACUAAUGAAAGUUUAUGAUGCGAGUGUAGGGCUCAGGCAUAAAGCGAUUGGAGCGGUACAUCAGUCACUCUUGACGUCUCCCCUCCUCCCUCCCUCCCUCCCUCCCCGCGGGACUUGGCCGAGGACGGGUUCCCUUUGAUAAGGUCCUGGGAAGUUUAUAAAUCGCUGGCACGGCGGCGGGCAAGAGGAUCGCUGGCGUUAAUUGCCGGAGUUUGUUCCCCCCGUGUUAUCGGGAACGUUUGCCCGGCAGCCCGGGGCCCGCAGCCGGGACUCUGCCCGACCCGACCCACAUAGCUCGAGUCGAUCGCUCUUGUUGGAUUCGCUCAUCGCCUCAUCUCUUUGAUGUCCGCACUCAAAACCGCAGCUCCACAGCCUUUUUUUUCCUCUCUCUCUCUCUCUCUCUGAGUGAGUGAGUGUGUCUGUGCGCGUUGGAUUAGCCGGGAGGGCAUCUGGAGCGCCGAGCCGGGGAACACAAGGUAGAGAGGAUUUCGCAAAGAAGAAAAGCGAGGAAGGUGGAGAGAGAGAGAGAGUGUGUGUGAGAGAGAGAAGGGAAGGAAGGAAGGAAGGAAGGAACGGACACGAGAGAGAGAGAGAGAGAGAGACGCGAUUGGGAACCAGAUGAAUCGAAGCAGCGAGGAAACUACCCACCGCGGUUCGCCUCUCGCCCGCUCGCUGUAAAUUAUAAUCUUUACAUUCCUGCAAUUACAACAAAAAAAAGGAAGGAUUUGGCAGUUUGUGAGGCGCAGGAUGGAUUUAUGACACAAGGCGGUCGUGUUAUACCCCGCUGACUGAACGGCUCGCUGAAAGUCAGAAGGAGAGGGAGAGAGAGAGACAGACAGACGGAGACACGGAGAGGGAGCUUCGAGCCAUGAGCGCCGCUGCCUUAGUGUCUGCCUUCCGGGCCGAUGCUCCCCGGCCUCCGGUACCGGGGGAGGAAGGGGAAAGAUGCCAACUACAGCUACAACCGCAGCCCCUACCCCAUGCCAAGGGCCAGGGCCCGAAGGGGCAAGCGGGCAGGAGAGAGGACGAUGAGAUGGGGCAGCCGGAGGGCAGCGACUCGCCGCUCAGCCGCUGGACUAAGUCGCUGCACUCACUGCUGGGCGACCAGGACGGGGCUCAUCUAUUCCGUGCCUUCCUGGAGCGGGAGCAGCGAGUGGACGCGCUGGAUUUCUGGUUCGCUUGUAACGGCUUCCGCCAGAUGGACAUGAGUGACCACAAGAGCUUGCGGGUCGCCCGGGCCAUUCACAAGCGCUAUGUGGAGAGCAGCGCUGUGGCCGGACAACUGAAGGCGGCCACUCGCUCCUACAUCAAGGAUACUAUCAGGAAGCAGCAGAUUGACUCGGCCAUGUUCGACCAAGCGCAGACCGAGGUCCAGACUCUGAUGGAGGACAACUGCUAUCAGAUGUUCCUGGCGUCGGACAUCUACCUGCAGUAUGUGCGGAGCGGCGGCGAGAACCCGCUGUACGUCGGCACCACCUCGCCACUGGGGCCUCUACAGCUGGUGUGUGGGUACCUGCCCACCCUCAACGAGGAGGAGGAGUGGGUUUGUCCACAGCUGCGGCCCAAAGAGCUGUCAGCCGCCGGCCACCCCCCACCCGUCACAGAGACCGGCCCGUCCAAGUGUAGCAGGUCGUACGGGAGGAAUGGAUACGCCAAUCCCUACCACGUCCAGCCCGGAUACGUCUUUGCCCCAGCGAGCAGCGCCAACGAUAGCGAUGUCAUGACUGACGACUCCUUGUCGAUGACAGACAGCAGCGUUGAUGGCGUCCCCCCGUAUCGACACAAGAAGCAGCAGCAACGUGACAUGCACCGCAGCGUCAAGGCCAAUGGACAAGUCACACUACCUCACUUCCCCAGAACGCACCGGCUGCCGAAGGAGAUGACUCCGGUGGAGCCGGCUGCCUUUGCUGCUCAGCUGAUUGCCCGUCUGGAGCGGGUGAAGAGGGAACGCGAUACUGUCGACUGCCUGGAGGUGCGGCUGGAGCAGAUCAAAGAGGAUGAGGGUGAGGAGGGUGAGGUGCCCGCGGGGGAGGGGCAGACGGAGCCGGGACCACAGCACCCCCCGCUCUCCCUGCUGCCGCCCGGCACCUGUGACGAGGACCCCCAGGCCAUCCUGGACGACCACCUGUCACGGGUGUUGAAGACGCCGGGCUGCCAGUCGCCGGGGCUGGAGAGGCGCACGGCGGCGUUGGCAUCGCCCGGCACCGCCCGCCGGGGCUGCCCCACCUCCGCCAACCCCUCCGCCAGGCAUGUCCACCAUCACUACGUCCACCACCACACCGUACCCAAGACCACGCAGCAGAUCGAGGCGGAGGCUGCCCAGUGGGUCCACUGUCUGUGCCCGGGCAGGGCAGACUGCUGCAGCUUUGCCAAGUCCCGUGGCCAUGCCAAGCCCGAGCCACCACCCCUGCCCCUCCAAACACUCCCCUUCAGUGCCCGUGUGUCAGUGACGAGGAGGAGCCAGACGGUGGCGGAGACGGUGGGCACGGGUGAUGGCGAGGGCGCGGUGCCCAUCCCCACCCCCCAGCUGCCCGGAGACGAGCCGGACCGCGCCCAGCACGUGUGGCAGUGGGUGCUGGAGAGCGAGAGGCCGGCCAGCAAGCACCGCACGCACAGCGUCCAGUGCGUGAAGAAGGGCCUGGUGUCGGACGGAGCGCGCGGCGCGGCGCUGGAGCGGAACAGUCGGCAGCACCUGGGCAGUGCCCACCCGCGGGGCAACACCCUGCCCUCUCACCCCUUCGUGCAGGACCCAGCCAUGCCCCCCCUGCCCCCGCCCAACACCCUGGCACAGCUGGAGGAGGCUCGGCGACGUCUCGAGGAGGAGAGGAAAGUUUCCAAAACUCCCAAACAAAGAUAUUCCACGUCAAGUUUACAGCGAGACCGGAGCCACACGGUGGCAGCGCAAGGAGGGAGCGUGUCGGUGUCGACCAGCGGCCCCGUGGCCUCGCCCGCAGACGAACACAAGGCACCGAGGAAGCCCCCCGCCCCGGCCCACCCUGCAGUGCCCACCGAGCUGGUGGUCACCUACUUCUUCUGCGGAGAGGACAUCCCGUACCGGAGGAUGAUGAAAGGCCACAGCCUGACGCUGGCACACUUCAAGGAGCAGCUCAGCAAGAAAGGAAGCUACAGAUACUAUUUCAAGCGGGCCAGUAAUGAGUUUGACUGUGGGGCAGUUUUUGAGGAGGUUCGGAAUGACACCAGCCCGCUGCCGAUGUACGAGGGCAAGAUCCUGGGCAAAGUGGAGCGGAUCGACUGACCUGUUGGGAAGGACGUUUUUGGAAACCGCCCUCCUGGCAUCUUGUAUGAGGGAGAAGUCUGCAGCGGUGGGCAGUGGCCCCGUGACACGAUGGACUCCCGGCUCCGACAGGCCACGGCGCUCUCCGCUUCACGUCCAAUGUCGCGGACACACGGACAAGGUGGUGGAAUGGAGACCCUUGGGGGGUCUUGGUUAUUUGUGGACAUCCAGGUCUAUCUGUGGCUUCCUGCAGCUGUCGAGAUGAGGAGGUGUAUCGUGGCUGCUGUAUCUGGGCGUUUGGGUUGAGGAUAUGUCUCUACUGUAUUGACACAGAACCGGGCACCUCCGUCUCCCUGCCCCUGUGGAUACACCUCGUGACCAGCAGUCAAGCAGACUGGUGCAGGAGUAGGCCAUUCAGCCCUUCGAGCCAGCACCACCAUUCAAUGUGAUCAUGGCUGAUCAUCCCCAAUCAGGACCCCGUUCCUGCCUUCUCCCCAUAUCCCCUGACUCCGCUAUCUUUAAGAGCCCUAUCUAGCUCUCUCUUGAAAGCAUCCAGGGAACCGGCCUCCACCGCCCUCUGAGACAGAGAAUUCCACACUCGCCACUCUCUGUGAGAAAAAGCAUUUCCUCGUCUCUGUUCUAAAUGGCUUACUCCUUAUUCUUAAACUGUGUGUGUGGCCCCUGGUUCUGGACUCCCCCAACAUCGGGAACAUCCCUGUCCAUGUUCUCCACAGUUGCUGCCUAACUUUACUCCAGCACUUUUUGUCUUUUUUUUUGUAAACCAACGCCUGCAGUUCCUUGUUUAUAAAUCAAGUCUCUCCCUGUCAAUUGGAGGGGUGGGCACGGUGGCGCAGCGCCAGAGAUAAUCCUGAUCUCGGGUGCUGUCUGUGUGGAGUUUGCACGUUCUCCCCGUGACCGCGUGGGUUUCUCAAGGGCGUGCGGGUUUGCAGCUUAAUCAGCCCUCUGCAGAUUGGCCCCCAUGUGUAGGGAGUGCAACUGCAAGUGGGAUAGCACAGAACGGGUGGACUCAGUGGGCUGAAGGGCCUGUCUCCAUGCUGUAUCUCUAAACGUUAUUGUGAAUCUCUCCAGCCAUUUACCUGAAUCACGUCACCACGGCCGGUUGCCUUUGUGCGGCAUUAUAUAUCCACCAGGGUGAGGCCACGUGUCUGUGAUGUAGCCUCAAUGUCACAUGAACCGUGUCGAUGGCCACAGAAAUGUCCACUCACUUUGGAUUUGUGCUGACAUCCCAACACGGAGAGAGGGAGAGAGGCUCGUGAUGUGCGUGAGUGUUUCAUGCUGCAGCGGCCCUUCCACCCCUCGCCUCUCUCCUAUCCCUGUGGCCAUCCAGGGCGGGGAGAUCAGGGCCGCGCGGCCGGUGACAAUCAGUGACCGUCGCUCCUUAACGCUGCUGCUGACCCGUCUAAAUCUGCAUCGUAUUUGUGCUGCACCCGAACCUGUCACUCAAUCUGUGGAGGAUAAGUACACCUGUAACGGCAGCUUCGCCCACACGCCAGUCACACGCCACUCACACGCCAGUGUCCAAACAAGGAGCGUGAGUGAGUGAGUGAGGCUCACACAUCAACGUGGACUUGCCCAGAACAGCAGCUGUAGGAGACUCGCCUUCCACACGACUCCAGCCCGCAAGCAGCUGCCUACACAGCAUCCUGUCUGUGUGUCUGAUCACACCUCUAUCUCUCUCUCUCUCUAUAUCUGUCACACUAUCUCUCUCACACAGACACACACACACACACUCAAACACCCACACAUUCUCUCUCUCUCACGCUCUGUCUGUCUCUUUCACCAUCUCUCUGUCUCAAAACCACGAGUUUCCCCCAUGAUCAUUUAGCACAUGACUGAGUUCAGGCCAAACUGGCUAAUUCAAGGAAAGACACAGAGUGCUGGAGUAACUCAGCGGGUCCGGCAGCAUCUGUGGAGAACACGGUCGGGUGAGGUUUCAUGUCGGGACCCUCCUCCAAUCCUCACCCUGACCUGCAGCUGCCCUCUACACCAGCACCCUCCCUGCUGGGCGUAAAUACUGUGGGGGCUUUACACACCAUUACUAGUGUAACUAGUUGAUCCAGUACAGAACCUGUGCCUGCAUGGUAUUCCCAUACUGUGCGUCACCCUAUGUUGUGGGUCUCCUCUCCCUUUUGUAUAAGGGUUUAUGUAUAAAGAUAUUUUUAUGCUUUCAUGUGUUGUAAUCAUGUUAUAUGGCAUUUUGUUUUACCUUCUGUAAAUUAUGCAUCACAAAAGAGUUUGAUUUAAGAAUCCUUGGUACAACAAUUAUGUGAUUAUUCAGAGAUGUAGCCUUUAUUAAAGUUUA